UUUGGUUUUUCUCAGUAUUAUCUUCUUCUUCAUUUUUCUCUGCAAUAUCUCUUCUCCCUAUCAAGACCAUCUUAUUUAUUCAAUCAGGUUUUGAUCAUCCUUUUCAAGAUCAAGAACAAGGGAUAAUAAUGGACAUCCUUGUUUCAGUCACUGCAAAAAUUGCUGAAUACACAGUUGUGCCCGUUGGACGUCAGCUUGGUUAUGUAAUUCACAUUCAUGCCAACUUUCAAAAACUUAAGACUCAAGUAGAAAAGUUGAAAGAUACAAGAGAAUCUGUGCAACAAAACAUCUAUACUGCAAGAAGAAAUGCUGAAGACAUAAAACCUGCUGUUGAGAAAUGGUUGAAAAACGUUGAUGACUUUGUUCGAGAAUCUGACAAGAUAUUAGCCAAUGAAGGUGGACAUGGUAGACUGUGUUCCACCAAUUUAGUCCAACGACACAAGUUAAGUAGAAAAGCAAGCAAAAUGGCGUAUGAGGUUAAUGAGAUGAAAAAUGAGGGGGAAGGUUUUAAUACGGUCUCCUAUAAAAAUGCUAUUCCAUCGGUUGAUUGUUCACUGCAAAAAGUAUCUGACUUUCUUGACUUAGACUCAAGAAAAUUGACUGCGGAACAAAUCAUGGAUGCACUCUCUGAUGAUAAUGUCCAUAGGAUUGGAGUGUACGGGAUGGGGGGUGUUGGUAAAACAAUGUUAGUGAAAGAAAUUUUAAGAAAAAUUGUUGAGAGUAAGUCUUUCGAUGAGGUGGUAACAUCCACGAUCAGCCAAACACCAGAUUUUAAAAGUAUUCAAGGACAACUAGCUGACAAGCUAGGUUUGAAAUUCGAACGAGAAACAAUAGAAGGAAGGGCACCUAUUCUACGAAAGAGGUUGAAGAUGGAGAGACGUAUCCUAGUUGUGUUGGAUGAUAUCUGGGAGUAUAUUGAUUUGGAAACAAUAGGAAUUCCAAGUGUUGAAGAUCAUACAGGAUGCAAGAUAUUGUUUACCUCUAGGAAUAAACAUUUGAUCUCAAAUCAAAUGUGCGCCAAUCAAAUUUUUGAGAUAAAAGUUUUAGGAGAAAAUGAGUCAUGGAAUUUAUUUAAGGCAAUGGCUGGUAAAAUUGUUGAAGCAAGUGAUUUGAAGCCUAUAGCCAUUCAAGUUGUGAGAGAAUGUGCAGGUUUGCCUAUUGCUAUUACUACUGUUGCUAAGGCAUUACGAAAUAAACCUUCCGACAUUUGGAAUGAUGCCUUGGAUCAACUUAAAAGUGUUGAUGUGUUUAUGACAAACAUUGGAGAAAUGGACAAGAAAGUGUAUUUGUCACUAAAAUUGAGUUACGAUUGCUUGGGAUAUGAAGAGGUCAAGUUAUUAUUCUUGUUAUGCAGCAUGUUUCCAGAAGACUUUAGCAUUGACAUGGAAGAGUUGCAUGUAUAUGCCAUGGGCAUGGGUUUCUUACAUGGUGUUGAUACUGUGGUAAAAGGACGACGUAGGAUUAAAAAAUUGGUUGACGAUCUUAUAUCUUCUUCUUUGCUUCAACAAUAUUCUGAGUAUGGGUACAAUUAUGUGAAAAUGCAUGAUAUGGUUCGUGAUGUAGCUAUAUUUAUUGCGUCUAAGAAUGAUCACAUACGUACAUUGAGCUAUGUGAAAAGAUUAGAUGAAGAAUGGAAAGAAGAGAGACUAUUGGGUAAUCAUACCGUGGUGUCCAUUCAUGGUUUACACUAUCCUCUCCCAAAGUUAAUGUUACCCAAAGUUCAAUUAUUAAGGUUGGAUGGACAAUGGUUGAAUAAUACGUAUGUGUCAGUGGUACAAACUUUUUUUGAAGAAAUGAAAGAGCUCAAAGGUUUAGUAUUAGAAAAAGUGAAUAUAUCCUUGUUGCAACGACCAUUUGAUCUUUACUUCUUAGCAAACAUUAGAGUGUUACGUUUACGGGGAUGUGAAUUAGGGAGCAUAGAUAUGAUUGGUGAAUUAAAAAGGCUUGAAAUUCUCGAUCUUAGUGGAUCUAACAUCAUCCAGAUUCCUACAACAAUGGGUCAAUUGACACAACUGAAAGUGUUAAAUUUAUCUAAUUGUUUUAAUAAGCUCGAGAUAAUUCCACCAAAUAUUCUUUCAAAGUUGACAAAACUGGAGGAAUUACGUCUGGGAACUUUUGGUAGUUGGGAAGGAGAAGAAUGGUAUGAAGGAAGGAAGAAUGCUAGUCUUUCCGAGCUUAGGUUCUUGCCACACCUUUUUGAUUUAGAUUUAACCAUUCAAGAUGAAAAGAUUAUGCCAAAACACUUGUUUUCAGCAGAGGAGUUGAAUCUUGAAAAUUUCCACAUUACUAUUGGUUGUAAGAGAGAAAGAGUUAAAAAUUAUGAUGGAAUCAUUAAGAUGAACUACUCUAGAAUAUUGGAAGUCAAGAUGGAAUCAGAAAUGUGCUUGGAUGAUUGGAUAAAAUUUUUGUUAAAGAGGUCAGAAGAAGUGCAUUUAGAAGGAUCAAUUUGUUCAAAGGUUCUUAACUCUGAACUGUUAGAUGCAAAUGGCUUCUUACAUUUGAAGAAUCUCUGGAUUUUUUAUAAUUCAGACAUUCAACAUUUCAUCCACGAAAAGAACAAGCCUUUGCGAAAAUGCUUAUCCAAAUUGGAGUUCUUAUAUCUUAAGAACUUGGAGAAUUUGGAAAGUGUAAUUCAUGGUUAUAAUAAUGGUGAAUCUCCUUUAAACAAUUUGAAGAAUGUAAUCGUAUGGAAUUGCAAUAAAUUGAAAACCCUAUUUUUGAAUUGCAUGUUGGAUGACGUUUUGAAUCUCGAGGAAAUUGAGAUCAAUUAUUGUAAAAAGAUGGAAGUGAUGAUCACUGUGAAGGAAAAUGAGGAGACAACCAACCACGUUGAGUUUACUCAUUUGAAAUCUUUAUGUCUAUGGACUUUACCACAACUUCAUAAAUUUUGCUCCAAAGUUAGCAAUACCAUCAACACAUGUGAAUCAUUUUUCAGUGAAGAGGUAUCGCUUCCUAAUUUGGAGAAGUUGAAAAUUUGGUGUACAAAGGAUUUGAAGAAGAUAUGGAGCAAUAAUGUACUCAUUCCCAAUUCCUUUUCCAAACUUAAGGAAAUAGACAUUUAUUCAUGCAACAAUCUUCAAAAAGCAUUGUUCUCUCCAAAUAUGAUGAGCAUUCUUACUUGCCUUAAAGUCCUAAGGAUUGAAGAUUGUAAAUUGUUGGAAGGAAUAUUUGAAGUGCAAGAGCCAAUUAGUGUUGUUGAAACAAGUCCUAUCGCCCUCCAAACUUUGAGUGAGUUGAAACUAUAUAAACUUCCAAACCUUGAGUACGUAUGGAGCAAAGAUUCCUGUGAGCUUCAGAGUUUGGUAAAUAUAAAACGUUUAACCAUGGAUGAAUGUCCAAGACUUAGAAGAGAAUAUUCAGUCAAAAUUCUCAAGCAACUUGAAGCACUAAGCAUAGAUAUCAAACAAUUGAUGGAGGUUAUUGGGAAGAAAAAGUCGACGGAUUAUAACAGGUUGGAAUCAAAGCAAUUGGAAACUUCUUCUUCCAAGGUUGAGGUUCUACAGUUGGGAGAUGGUUCUGAGUUGUUUCCGAAGCUUAAAACUUUGAAGCUAUAUGGUUUUGUUGAGGAUAACUCAACCCAUUUGCCAAUGGAAAUUGUACAAAACUUAUACCAAUUUGAGAAGUUUGAAUUAGAAGGAGCAUUUAUUGAAGAAAUUCUCCCCAGCAACAUAUUGAUUCCUAUGAAAAAACAAUACAAUGCAAGACGAUCUAAAACUUCACAGCGUAGUUGGGUUCUAUCUAAGCUACCGAAACUUAGGCAUUUGGGGAGUGAAUGCUCACAAAAGAAUAAUGAUUCAAUCCUACAAGAUCUGACCUCUCUGUCCAUUUCAGAAUGUGGUGGAUUGAGUAGUUUAGUGUCAUCAUCGGUGUCUUUUACGAACUUGACGUUUCUUAAAUUGAAUAAAUGUGAUGGACUAACCCAUUUGCUGAAUCCUUCGAUGGCUACAACGCUUGUGCAACUUAAACAGUUGAGAAUAGGAGAAUGCAAAAGGAUGAGUCGUAUAAUUGAGGGAGGAUCAUCAGGUGAAGAAGAUGGAAAUGGUGAAAUUAUUGUAUUCAACAACCUACAAUUUUUAAUCAUUACUUCUUGUUCCAACCUAACAAGCUUUUAUCGUGGAAGAUGCAUCAUUCAAUUUCCAUGUUUGAAACAUGUAUCUCUUGAGAAGUGUCCUAAAAUGAAGUCAUUUUCAUUUGGAAUUGUAAGUACAUCUCAUUCAAAAUAUGAAAAAUGUUUCUUUAAAGAAUGAUGAUGAUGAUACUCACUAUCGUCCAAAAGAAUCCAAAGAGAGAUAGUGGUGGAAAUUGAUAUGAAUUUUAUCAUCAGAGAAUACCAGAAUUCCAAAUUUGUUUGGAGAACAGGUUAGUAUGUUUAAUUAACGUUUUAAAUGCUAAUUAAUUUUUGUUAUUUGAACAUUCUUCUUUGAAUAAAGUUUGAGGAAUAAGGAAUUGUAUCGA